AUGGAAGGGCGCUUCGCAUUCAUUUGUGUUAUUUCGAUUUCAGUAAUAUUUAAUGUAGCAUCUGCUGCUUGGCUGAAUGCCCAUGCAACUUUUUAUGGCGGAAGUGAUGCUUCAGGAACAAUGGGUGGUGCAUGUGGUUACGGAAAUCUAUAUACAGAUGGUUAUGGGACAAAUACUGCAGCGUUGAGUACGGCUUUGUUCAACGACGGCAAGUCAUGCGGUGGAUGCUAUCAGAUAGUCUGCGACGCCACCCAGGUGCCUCAGUGGUGCCACAAAGGCAAAUAUAUCACUAUUACUGCUACAAACUUCUGUCCUCCAAACUAUAAUCUCCCAAGUGACAAUGGCGGUUGGUGCAAUCCUCCCCAGCCUCACUUUGACAUGGCUCAGCCUGCAUUUGAGUCCAUUGCCAUUUACAGCGCUGGAAUCGUACCUAUUUUUUAUAGGAAAGUUGGAUGCACGAGAAGUGGAGGAAUCAGAUUCACCAUCAAUGGAAUGAAUUACUUUGAGCUAGUGCUAAUAUCAAAUGUAGGUGGAGCUGGAGAUAUCUCUAAUGUUUGGAUCAAAGGGUCCAAAAUGAGUGAUUGGCAAGUUAUGACAAGGAACUGGGGUGCAAAUUGGCAGAGUUUAAGCUAUCUCAAUGGCCAGAGCUUGUCUUUCAAAAUUCAACUUAGCGAUGGAAGUACCAGCAACGCUCUGAACGUGGUACCUUCCAACUGGCAGUUCGGCCAAUCCUUUCAAAGCAACGUACAAUUCUAAAUACAGGAUGCCGAAUUUCUUCCAGUUUCUACAGACGACUUGUGAACUUACCAUUUCUAUUUUCAUGUACAUUUUUUCUUUUAAAUUUUUCAACACCGCGGUAAUUUAAAAUGCGAGUGUCAUUUGUAGGUUGUGGCUUUUAGCAGUUUGCUUGU